AUGUCGUUCGCCGGCGUCUCUAUCACCCGCUACGCUGGUGACACCGCCACCGGCCACGCCGUCGACGUCUCCACGGCCAGCGGGUACCACCUGUUUGUGGUCACCGAUUAUUACUUGCGUACGAAAGCCUCUGUGCCUCCUGGCAAGGCGAUCGCGUCUCUCCCUUUCACGGUAGGAGGCCGCCGUUGGUCCAUCCGCUGCUUCCCUAACGGCGACACCUCGGAAAGCAGCCAAUACAUCUCUCUCUAUCUGCACCUUGUCGAUAAAGAUGUCACAGAGGCUGUGAAGGUGCACUACUCCUUUAGCUUCGUCGACGAGGUUGAAAACCAAGGCCCCGCAUGUGUUCGAGCCAAAAAGGCACACGAUUUCUCCAGCUGCCAUGCGACAUGGGGCCAUAAGUAUUUUUGGAAAAGAGACGACCUCGAGAAGUCAAGUCAUCUCAAGGGCAAUUGCUUCACCAUCCGAUGCGACCUCGCCGUCGCCACCACGUUUGAUCGCUUCAUCACGGUGCCGCCUUCCAGCAUACAACGGCAUAUCAUGAACCUCCUCCUGUCCAAGGAGGGCACCGACGUGACGUUCAGCGUCGGCGGCGAGACGAUCGUCGCGCACCGGUGCGUGCUUGCCGCUCGGUCUUCGGUCUUCAAGGCAGAGCUCUUUGGCCCCAUGAUGGAAGGCACGGUAGCAAGCGUCAUACAAAUAGAAGACAUGGAGGCGAGAGUGUUUAGGGCAUUGCUUAGCUUUAUUUACACCGACUCGUUACCCGACAUAGAGGUCGACAACGUGGAGGAAAGAGAAGCCCAAGAAUUGUUGUGGCUGCAGCAUUUGCUUGCAGCGGCAGAUAGAUACGAUCUCCAAAGGCUGAAGGUACUAUGUGAAGAAAAGUUAUGCAAACACAUAGCCGUGAGCUCGGUCAGAACUAUUUUUAUUCUAGCUGAGCGGCACAGCUGUGGUGGACUGAAGGAGGUAUGCCUUGAGUUCCUCAAGACACCGUCUAAUUUGAAAGAGAUAACGGCGGCUGAAGUCUUCGACGACAUAAUUAGUACAUGCCCCUAUCUUUUAAAGGAGCUCAUUGCCAAGUUUGCUUCCUAA